CAGUGAGAGGAAAGAUGUGGGGUGGCGUUGAGGGAAAAGAAAGAGAGGAGAGAGUGAGGGAAUGGGGAGAAGAAUGGGAGAGGGUGGGAUGGGCUCAACAGGCGGCAUCUCACAAUCCUCCUCCUCUCCCCUCCGUCCUCCUCCUCCUCCCUUUCCGUCCUCGUCGCAGGCUCUCCACCACCUCGCUCUCCCAAGCCAGUCCACACAAGCCGUCCGCCGCGCUCGCUAGUGAGUGCCCCGGUAGCGCUGUGGCGGAGUGAGGAAGUACCUUACCCACCGGCCAUCGCGCGCACGUCACUUCAGGCCACGCGCAUGUACACACUACGCAGAGAUACGCACACUUAAUCUGUAAGGGUACUAUUGUGCAAUGUGUGCGUAUAUGUACGUGGCCACAGGACCGAUGAGCGUUUACCGUUCAUACUUUCCACCGCCAUCAAGAUCGUUCACAUCGGCAGGACGAACAAAGUGAACGGUUCAUAUUCGUACUUGUAUAAAUAUUGAGCGACUGUGUUACGUUUACGUGUCAAUUUCUUAUUUCUUUCUAACCCAAAACAUUAGCAUUAGCCAGUAUCCCUUUGCUAUGGAGAUUUACCAGCAAGAGUCACUCCUCAGCGGGUUCGCGCGAGCCUCUCUCAAGAUUUUAUAACCUGUCACACCCUCGCUUAUCCCUACACGGCAAAAGGGUGGUUGAUUGGCCUAGAAAUCUGGACCACGAUUCACCACGCAGAGCGAAACAGGUGCUGGGGAUGUUCGGUUGUUCGCUCUUUCACUGCUUGCUGGAUUUGAGGCAUCUUAAUUGCUACCUGAUUGGUUGUUAGCGUCACAUCAUAGUUCGCUCAUUGCUGACUGGAGGGUGGUGGAACACAAGAAUCAAAGGAGGCUGGGGAAAUAACAGGAAGACACCAAAGGAAGAACAAGAGGACACCGUCGCUGCUUAUCGUAUCUCUAUACAGAGCAACGCCUCGCCAUGCUCGCCCCAGCCCACUUCGCCACCUGCGUCUGCCUGGUGGCGGUGAUUGUCGCCUCUACUGAGGAAGGUGUCACCAACCCGACUGACGCUCCAGCAACCGAGAAAAUAGUGGACCUGGGUGAGCCUCCAACUCCUGCAGGCGACGCUGAUGGCACGGUGCCUGAUCCCUGAGGACUCCUACGACCUCAUCGACGGGAGCGCUAACAACAUCAGUGAGAGCGGCGGCGGGGUGCACUACAAUGACUCGUGGACCGAAACGGAGAAGAGGCGGUGGCUGCAGCUUCUGUUUCUGCGUCAGGAAGCUGAGUGUCGAAAGCUACAGCUGCAGGAGGCGGCCGACACCUCCACUACUGGAGAGCCAGGUCCGUGGUGUCCGCGGGUGUGGGACAAAAUGCUGUGUUGGGGUCCCACUGCUCCUAACACCACCACUUCGCAGCCGUGCCCCCACUACGUCCCCGGCAUCAGGCCUCAGGCUCCGGCAUGGCGCAGGUGUGGAGCGGAUGGAGUUUGGGAGGGAGGGCAAGAGCUGGGCUGGACCAACUACACUUUGUGUCUCGGCACGGCGCCCAAUGCCACCAGUGUCUUGCCUGUCACUGUACUCGGGGAGUGGUUGCCCACCAUCAAGAGGAUGUCCCUGAUAGGCUACAGUGUGUCCCUGGCAACCCUGGUCAUCUCCUUCACUAUCCUGGCGUCUCUCAGGAGGUUAAGGUGCCCGAGGAACUUGCUUCACUUGCACUUGUUUGGCUCCUUCAUGCUGCGCGCCCUCGUGGUACUGCUCAAGUCCACGCUGUUGCUGGACGGUGUGGCGCUCCCCAUCAACUUCAGCAUCCAGGACGGCGAGGCACACUUCAAUGACAACAGCCAGACUGCAGUGGAUGCCUCGCCACAGACAUGGGCGUGCAAGCUGAUGAUCUGCGUGUGGCAGUACUUCAUCCUGGCCAACUACUCAUGGCUGCUGAUGGAAGGCCUCUACCUGCACAGCCUCAUCUUCAUGGCCCUAUUCACAGAUUCUUCAGCUAUCACCCUCUACAUCCUCUUGGGUUGGGGCCUGCCGCUUGGAUGUGUGGCAAUGUGGGCCACACUGCGGGCCACACUUGAUGACACCCACUGCUGGACUGUCAACAAUGUACAGUGGAUCUUCUGGGUUAGCAUUCGGGCACCUGUCGCCAUCUCCAAUCUCAUCAACUUCUCUUUUUUCCUGAAUGUAGUUCGGGUUCUCAUCCUCAAACUUAGGUCUUCCAUCUCUGCUGAGUCCAUGAAGUACAGGAAGCUUGGCAAGUCUACACUGGUACUGGUGCCGCUGUUUGGCGUCCACUAUUUUGUGCUGUGGGGACUCUCCACCUCCACCAACACCUAUGUGGAGCUGGUCUGGCUCUUCCUUGAUCAAGUCUUUGCUUCCUUUCAAGGCUUCUUUGUGGCCGUGUUGUACUGCCUCAUGAAUGGUGAGGUGCGCCAGGAGCUGCGAAAACUGUACAACCGCUGGUACAAAGGCGACCCCCUUGUUGUCAACUCCCAGUCUACUAUGAUCUCCCACACCAAAACCUAUGCCAGUCGUGGCAGGACAUCCCUCCAUUCCAUUCACUCACAAGCUGAGCGAAAGGACAGGCAGACUCCAUCACCACAGAUGGCACGCUCCACUGGCAGUGAUGCACCCAACUUCCCUUGCCCCAACAAUACUUCUGCUUCACCCUCUCCAACAGCCACCCUCACCCCAACCUACAACUCCAAGCAUCACUCCAGGGAUGUCACCCCUAGCAGGGUUUCAUCAGAUCUUUGUGAUGAGACCAUUGAGAUGCAAACUUGCUCCAGUCUUGAAGGGCCCCAGGGAAAGUCUCUGCUAGAUGAUAACCAUCACUCACUCUUGCCUCCCUCAUCUCCUAAGCCAACCAACAUGGACCAACAGGUGCCCAAGAAUGGUAAGGAAAGUACUCAGGUGGAAAUCCUCAUAAACCUACAAGAUAAUAACCACUCUAACUUCAUCCUUCCACCAAAUAACUCAAAUCCACUACUGUCACAUAACGGCCAAGUCAUGGUAAAGACCAAAGAGAAGCAUUUAACUUUCUCAGAGUCAACUGAACAGUUCCAGAUUGCUAAAGUAAGUCCAAUGAAAGAAAAUGGAUCAGUGAUGAGUGAAGGUGGAACCAAAAUGGAAAAUAUGAAUAAAGGGAUGGUAUGUGUCUCUGUAAAUAAGAACAGCUUAAAAUCAUCAACUCCACAGCAAAUAGAUUCUCACCUAGUCCCUAAAAAUACCAAGGUAGAUGAGCGAGAAACAAUGUUGUAAAUCGUAUCUACCUAGAAUUUGUACAUUUGAUACAGAAGAUAGAAUCUGAACAUAUAACAUAAAUCACACACACACACACACACACACAUACACACACCAAUCCAGGAAAACAAUUCUGUUUAUAAAGAAUAAAAGUGAUGAAACUGACAAACUUGUCACAGUGAGUUGCCAGAAUACAAGCAUGGAUUUUUGUGAAAUUCUUGGGAAAUGAACUGUUGGUUGCAUGGUAUAAAAAUAUUAAGCUUUGCAGAGUGGAUGGCUUGAGUGCAGUACAUCAUGACUUCAUCUGGGUUGUGGUGCAAUAAAGUGAUUAUCAUAGAUUAUUUGUUCAAUUUUAGAGAUUAAGACAUGUAUUUAGCUAUUUAUAUUAAGAAAUUUCUUUAAUUACAGGAAAGGUAUUUUCACAUAUGUAUGUGCAAGAUAAAGUAUGCAUGUACUAAUAUCAUUAAAGAUAGAUCUAAUGAUAGGUGCUAGGAGCACCAUAAUGAUGUCAACUGAUUUUUUAUUAAGUGACAAUAAUUGUAUAUAUUGAAACAUUUUCUCAAGAAACAUUAAGCUUUGUCACCAUAUUGAAAAUAUGCAUGUGCUGUAUAUAUUCAUGUGAUAACAUUUGGUGUUAUUAUUCCAUAAAACUUGUUUUCUUGUUAAUGAAUUUCCGGGAUUAUGCUGUCCAGCAGCACAAUGUCAUGCAUGAAAAAAAUUGGUGUAAUAGUUGCAUUAUCUUUACUUUAGAUCCCAAUUUGAUCAAUUUUUGCCAUUUUUAAACCAUUUACUCUUAUACACUGAAGAGAAAAUAGAUGGUUUUGGAUACAGUUUUAGUAGCUUGAAUGCAGCUAGGUCACCUAUAUCUACUGUUACAAUGAUUAGUAGGAUUUUCUGGUCAAAAUGAGGUAGUAAGUUUGCUUAUGAGGUUGGCAGCUAAAUUGCCUAGGUAUGACAUUACAUGGGAUCUUGGCUUGAUACUUAAUACAUUUAGAUGGUGGAAGGACACUG